AUGGCGCUGCUACAACCAACUCACUGUGAACUGAUCUUCGUACUUGCUCUUUGGACGACUGGUGAAAGAGGGCUGAACGAAGCACCGUAUCCAAACGAUUUGAACGAUCCAGACGAUUGGUCAAGAGGCGAGAAACUUCUCACUGAGAUUGGCUUGAAAAGGAUGUUUGAACUUGGAAAAUGGCUGAGACAACGUUACAUGAUCGAUAUGCCAUUGUUAUCGAAGACCUACAGUAUUCAUGAGCUUAUUGUGCAGAGCGCUGGUGCUCCCCAUACAAUCGAAAGUGCGCAGGCUGUUGUAGCAGGACUUUACCCAGAUGAAGUCCGGAAUAUGGGAGCAUUUAAUAUUUCUCUAGGGAACGGUGGAUGGUCAAACUAUUCAUUAGGAUCUUGGCAACCGACGCCAGUUUUCACCGUUUCACCGUGGACACCUGAUCCGCACCUUCUGCAACCCAGCUAUCCAUGCCCAGCUUAUCGUCAGUUGAUUGACGAGGAGAACAAGAACUACUACGAACGAUUCGAUGAAGAAAGCAAGGGGUGGUACAAAGUGCUAGAGGGCCACACCGGUAUCAUCCCAGUCAAUCGCGACGCCAUUUUUAAGCUUCAUGGAAUUCAUCACGAGAUCGCCCAUGGACAGCCACAACCCGAUUGGAUAAAUGAGGUCCACAACGGGACUACAGCGGUCGAAUGGUUAAGGGAUGCCCACGAAAAACUGGUGCAUGCUUUGUUCAACUCGAAAUCCAAAGCCCGAUUAACCGCUGGAGUUUUGUUGAAUGAUUGGAUUGAGGCGCUCAUUGGGAUCUCGUAUCAUACGCUAGAAGCCAAAAGAGCAAUCUUUUCAUCAUCGGGUAUACCUUCCUUGCUGGCGAUGAGAUAUGCCAUGGGCAUUGCCGAUCAGGAAGUACCAGGGUAUGGAUCAUUGUUACUUUUAGAACUACAUAGGCCGAACGGAUGGAACCUGUUUGUGAAGGUAGGCGAAUAA